AUGCGCGACCCCGGCGCCCAAACGCAAGACGCACGUCGCCAAAAGGCCGCUGGCCGUUUUGCUCCUCUACUCAUUACAACCACACGGCGGGCGACGAGGAUGCCUCCGGAUCUAGUAUUAGACGAGGAAGACGAACAAUACGCCUCGUCCGAAGACUCGGACUUUGCUCCCGAUGAAGCGCCCGAGCCAGCGUCCGACCAGUCGGAUACCGAAGAAGACGGAAAAGCCGGCGAGAAGAAGCGAAAGCAGCCCGAGGCAGACGGACAGGCGGUCGGUGAUGGCUACGACAACUCCGGCGACGAAGCCGUAAUAUCAAAGGGCAACAAAAGACGGAAGCGAGCAGGAGAAAAGGGUCGCCCCGUGGACGAAGAUGAAGGCGGCGAAGGAGGAUUGGUCAAGACUCGUGCUCAACGUGCAGCGGAAAAAGAGGAACGCAAGUACGCCGCGAGCCAUGGCCCCGUUACCAUCGACGUGGAUGCCCUGUGGGCGAGGAUGAUAUCCGGCGAGCAAAUCAAAUCCAGCGCGCCGUCAGACGAAGCAACUAGGGAGCCGAGGAGAGAGCUCUCCGACAGUCAUGCCGCUGCAACCGCCUCAUCGGAUGGCCCCCAAUCGAAUAGCAUUCGCAUUAAGCGCACAUUCAACUUUGCCGGUCGGGUUCACACCGAGGAGAAGGUUGUGGCCAGAGAUUCCGCCGAGGCCAAGCUGUAUCUUGCGUCGCAGGGCCAAGACACCCGCGACAUGGAUUCAUCGCCAACAAAGCGCGCCACGAGAAAAGCGUUCCGCUCCGCAUUUGAGCCUGCUAUAGACUUUGGGCCGGGACGGGCAGAUUUGAAUCUCGGGCUUGCUGCGAGAAUUCAAGCUGGCAGGGAGGCCCGAGCCAAGAAGCUCAAUACCGUGGAGAAGAGUAGGUUAGACUGGGCAGGAUACGUGGACAAGGAGGGAAUCAAGGACGAGCUGGAGUUGGCGAGCAAGUCCAAGGAUUCGUAUACCGCUCGACAGGACUUCUUGGCGAGAAGCGAGGCGUUACGGGAGGACGACGCAAGGCGAGCCAGAAUAGCUGGGAAAUCAUGA